AUGCCCAGGCAUCCUCUGCUGGUCCCUCGCGCCGCCCGCGCUGCAGUGGCCUUUCUUGACCCUGCGUCGGCGAUGCGGAGGGCGCUCGAGUGUCAGGGCUGCAGGCUGCCCAAGGCCACGCGCUUCGGGGCGAACGCCCCGCUCCCUGCGGCGGCCAAGUCGACGACGAGGUCGGGCGCGGCGCCUGGCGGCGGCAGCGGCAAGGCCCCUCCCCGGGCUGGGCCGCGGCUCUCGGCGCAGCUGGCCCAGGCGCAGCGCGAGCUGGCGGGCCUCAAGGAGCUGCUCGAGGCCGGCGGGCCUGCCAGCGCUGGCGGGCGGCUCGGCGGAGCGCAGUCCGUGGAGGUCGACGACGGCGAGGGCGCUGGUGCUGGCGACGCGGCGGCGCUCGCCGAGAUCCACAUGCGCGAGUCGGGCCUGCGCGCCAUCAAGGAUCAGGCGGCGGACUGGGCCGCGGCGCCGCGGGCGGAGCGGCGCGCCAGGCUGGAGAAGGCCAAGGCGCGGCGCUUCGCCGGCAAGCCGCCCCACGCACGGACGCAUGCCAUCGCCAACAAGGUGCAUGCCUACCUCCUGGAGCAGCAGGUGGCGCAGCUGCAGCAGCAAGCGCCCCAGGCUCAACCGCCGCGGCCUGCGGGCCAGGCCACGGCGCAGGACGUCAUCGGCGGGCUCGGCAUCACGGUGGGCGAGCUGGAGGCCGUCGUGAUGCAGCAGCUCUCGGCCCACCCGAACGAGGAGCAGCCAGUGCCAGCGGAGGCGCAGAAGCGCAUGGCAGGCGCGAUGGGCGAGCGCAUUGCGGAGUUGUGCAUGUCCAAGCGGGCGCGGCGCGAGGGGCCCCCCUCUGAGGAGCAGGCCAGCGCCAGCCAGGACCUCGCCAACACCGCAGGAGUGGUGCAUGCGGGCGCUGAGCGGGGCGGGCAGUCCCAACUAGCGCCCGAAGCAGCAGCGCCUGGAAGCGGCAGCGGCUCAGCCGUCGUGCCGCGCUGGCAGCCUGAGGAGGAGUCGGUGGAACAGCUCCAGCAGCGGCUGCGGAAGCAUGGCCCGGGGCUCGAAGCGGGGGCUUCCAGCCUUGCUAGGAUCUCGCUGUUCCUCAGCACGUGGCUUGGCGCCAUUGCGAAGGGUAGCAUCUUCACGGCGAACGUGACGGCGGGGGGGUCCCUGGCGCGGUGCGCCGAGGGCGUCUGCGAGCGGGCAGAGGCCGUGGUCCUCCUGGUCCAGGAGCACCGCGCCAGGGACCACGACAGGCUGGCCGCCUUGCAGCAGGCCGUGCUGGGCCACGGGCACGCGGGGCUCUGGGCGCCAGCUGUCCAGGGGCCCCGCGGCGAGGCAGGCACCUCUGGCGAGGCGGCGGUGCUGGCGCGUUCGCACACCACAGUCACCAGCCCGCCUUUUCUGGAGAGCCCCGUGCUUCUGGCCGCGCGGUUGGUGGCCGCCCAUGUGCACUGGGGAGUGGCGGGCGGCUUCGUCGGCAUCGCUGCGUGCUUCCACAGCAAUUUGGGGUGGAACGCGCACAGCCAGCACGUGGCGGCCGUUCUCAUGAAGCACCUGGCCAAACUCAACGCGGCUGGGAUCGACUGGAUCGCGGGCGGUGGCUUCACCAUGGGGCCCGCGAGGUUUCCUGCGCAGCAGCUCCACGGGGUCCGCGGGCUGUGGGCGGCGGCAGGGGAUGCCACCUGCAGGCCGCGUGCUGGGGCCUGGUCGACGCUGGACUACUUCCCCUGCGCAACCAGCCUCGCUCCGAGGCUUGGCAGGCCGCAGGCCGACGAAUACGGCACGCCGCAACCGCGCCUGUCUGUCGCAAUGGAGAUGCACACGCAGGACCUUCCGUUGCAGGUACGGGUGGUGAGGGGCCCGCGACCGAUCGGCCCUGCGCCGCCCGUGGGCUGCAGCCGCGGCGUCGACGACUGGCGCAAGCCCCUGGCCACGGUGCGCGCAGCCGUCAGCCGAGAACACCUCCCCGAGGCAUGGGGCGCUAUGGUGGCUACGGCCGAGCAGGAGCUUCUGGACCGCUGCGACGUCGCCGGGCACGACAGGACCAAGUACGUCGGCAGGCGGGCUCGGCACCUGAUGGGUGUCGGGGCGUACGUCGCCAAAGCGGCCCGCCAACUCCACGGCGCCGGCCUCCUCUGCCCGCUGUUCGACGCCCAGUUUGACAAGCUGGCGGUUUUCCUGCUGGAGCGGAUGCUGAUGUUCGCGCAGGCCGACUUCGCGGGCCAGGCGUCGAGGGUCGUGGAGUACGCAAACGGUCAGUAUGAAGCGGCCCUUGCGGCGCAGCAGAAGGAGUGGGUCAAUUGGGCCAGCGAGUUCUUCUCCCACGGCGCUGGCCGCGCCCAUCGGUGCUCCAAGGUCCGGGACUUGCAGGAGGUGAUCACGGCCUGGCAUGGCCAGCAGCAGGACGCGAGCCCGCACCUGGCGCGCGAUCGGGAGAUGCAGCCGUGGGCAAAGGUGUGGCGGUGCCAUGGGCUGCAGCAGGCGCGCAGGCCUGCGGACAUUGAGGAGUGGGAAGCGCUGCCCGAACUCACCGUCGACAAGAUGAAGAGGGCUGUGCUCUCAUUCCCCGCGGGCACGGCGAUGGGGCCUGCCAAGAUAGGCAUGCGUGCCCUGUCGUUCCUGUCCGUGGAAGGCAUGUAUGUUUGCGCGCAGCUCUUCAUGCGCAUGGAGAAAUUGGGCACGUGGCCUGAGGGCCGCCUGGGGCACGCCGUGCGUCGGCUGCCCAAGCCCUCUGGAGGAUGCCGCCGCAUCGCGCUCAUGCAUUCUAUGGUGCGCAUGUGGUCGCGGGCGCGGGCGGACAUCUCCAUGGGCUGGCUCACGCAGCACCCCGGCGUCGACAUCUGGGGGCUCGGCGCGGGCAGGUCGUCGUCUGAUGCAGCGUUCGACCUGAACCUCGAGACCGAGGUGGCGGUCGCGUUGGAGGAGCAGGUGUUCACCGUGCUCCUGGACGCCCGGAAGUUCUUUGAGACGGUGACCCCCGAGGCCCUCAUCCAGGAGGCGCGGCUGCUCAAGAUGCCGCUGCCGCUGGUCUGGCUUGUGGUGGAGCUGUACAGGCAGCCCAGGCGGCUGCAAGCGUUCGGCUCGGUGUCCUACGAGGUUGUGGCCCUCGUGGACGACGUCAUCCUUCAAUGGAUCAGGACCGCGGGCAGCAACGUCAGCGUCUUGUGGGCCGCGGUCACGCGCUUCCGCGAGGAGGCCAAGCAACUGGGCAUCAUCGUGUACCCCGCCAAGUCUGGCUACGUGACCUCGUCCAAGGGCCUAGCCGCAGAAUGCAGGAAGCAUGCGGGAUCCCGCGGCCUGCAGCUGCUACACUGGGCUCGCAAUCUAGGGCAUGACCUUGGAGGAGGCAGGAUCCAGCGACGGCGGACCAAGCUGCGGCUGAAGGCGCCGGCGCGGCGGCGAGGGCGCCUGGCGGCGCUGAAGCGUGCUGCUGGCCGCAAGGUCACCGUGCUGUGGCGCACGGGGCUGCUCCCUAGCGCAGGCCACGGCGCGGGCGUCGCGGGCAUCUCCGACGACGAGCUGCAGCGGCUGCGGGCUGAGGCCAGCCGGUUGGCGGGUGCGCGGCCAGGUCCGCCGGGAGCGACGAUCUACCUGGCCACGCAGCGCAGCGCGAGGUUUGAUCCAAUCUGCGACGAGGCGACUGUGGCGCUCGUGGUCAGGUACUCCAGCUGGGCCUGGGAGCAGAGGACAUCGUUGGGCAGGCUUCAGCGAGCGUGGGCCUCCAUCACGCAGCGGCUGGUCGAGAAGCCGACGUGGGGGCUGGCGGGCAGCCCGAUCGCCUCGACGAUGCUCACGCUCUGGAGGGAGGAGGAGCAGCAUAUCUACCUGCUCGCCACCUCGCCGUCGGACCUCAAGGCUUUCCACGUCGAGGGGGUCAGCCGCUGGCAAGGGCGACAGAUCCUGAGCCACUUCGGCGGCGGGCAGCCCACUGUGCCGAUCUGGAUGCGGGUCCUGAGGCUCUGCGCGGGCGGCAAGGGUGCCGCUGUUGCCGAAGGGCCUGCUGCCACCGGCCUCGGGAUCCACUGGGCAGGUGCGCCGUGGACCAGGCAGGGGCAGCUAGACGUCGGGGUCGCUCCCGACGGCAGCUGUCUGGCGUGCGGAGGGGAGGAAGACACCCCUGGUCACAGGCUGCGCGGCUGCGAGGCCCUGCUGCGCGCACGCCAGUCUGGCCCCCCUGGUGGCAGCGAGCUUGGCACGGCACGUUUUGUUGCGACUCGGUCGUCGGUCGAGCAGGACGUCUUCCCUGAUCGACUGCAGCAAACAUGGACUACCAUGCGUGACAAGGGCCUGCAGGCAGGCGGCGCGGGGGUCGCGGACUUCAGCGGGUUCGCGCACGAGGCCGGGCUCCCCGUGACGCCGCCGCGCAUGCUGCCUGCGGCCGACGAGGCGGAGGUCCGGCUCGGGGGUGGCUGGAGCGGCAGGAGUGACGAGCAGCGCGGGGACAUUGCGUUCACCGAUGGCUCGGGCUUUGCGAGCAGCAUGCCCGAGCUGAGACGCUGCGGGCGGUCGCUGGGCUCCAACGGGGUUCCCGUUCGCGCGGCCUUCGGGGCCCUUCCUGGCCGCCUGCAGACGGUGGGCCGUGCCGAGCGGCAUGCGCUCCUGCAGGUCACCGAGCUCCUGGGGCAGCAGGCGCGAUUCGUGGCCACCGACCUGCUGGCGCUGGCCCAGGAGGCUAGCAGCUGGGGGCCAGAGCUGGAGCGAGUCAAGGCGGUGCACGCCCCGGUGUGGAGACUCCUGCGGCAGCAGCCAUGCCACCCCUUGGUGUUUUGGGCCCCCGCGCAUCAGGACGUCGACGGGUACCUGGCGGCGGGGCUUCACCCAGUGCUGCGCGCGGGCAACCUGUGGGCGGACUGGUUCGCCAAGCAGGGGGCAUUGCAGCACGCGGUGCCCCAGGUAUACACGGAGUUCUACGCCAUCGAGGUGCAAUACUUCAAGCAGGUGGCGGACUGCAUCGGAUGGGCUAUGCAGCGCUGCCUGGCAACCGGGGACUCGCCCCCCGAGGCGCGCUACGUACCCGCGGCGCCGCCGCCGCCCGUGCCGAAGCUGACGGCGGUGGAGCGCUCCCUGGCGCGCGUGCAGGUCAAGCGCGGGAUGUUGUGCACCGAGCGCGGGCGCCGACCCCGUGCUGAGGCAGGCGCGGCGGUGCAGCAGUACGUCAAGUCGAGCUGUUUGCCGGCGCCGCUGGCACGCCUCAAGGCGGCGGCUGAGGUGGUACAUUUCGGCGCGGGGCCACACUGCAUGGGCGGCGCUGAAGGCCUGGGGGCCGAGGCGCUGCAGCCGUGCGACGGUGGCAGGCCCUGCAAGCUGGCGCCGAGGCCGAACCCUUUCUUGCACGAGGGUGACGGCCGUGGCGUGGUGCUGCGCCUCGGGCAUCGGCUGCGGCGCGCGGCGCCCGCCAUCUUCUGCGAGGUCUGCGUCGCGUGGAUGCAGACCCGAGCGGCGAGGGGGCUGCAGAAGGCGUGCUGCGGGCCGCCCACCGACAAGGGGCACCACCAGCGCACCUACGUCAGCAACCUGGUGGCCAGGAGGGACAGGUUGCUGCGUGGUCUGGGCCCCAAGACGGGCAGGUCAUGGGCUACGGGCACUCUGGUGCACGACGAGCGCAGUUCGGUCGACGACAGCUCCGAGGAAAGCACCGGCGAGGCGGUCGCGGCCCUGGGCUCUGCGGUGGCCCCGCUGGCGGACGCGCAGGGGGCCGCGACGCGCGGGCGCACGGAGGCCAGCCGCCUGCUUGCGGAGGUCGUGGCGCGCCGCAGCGUUUGUGCGGCGCCAGCGCCGUCCUGGCAGGAGCGGCUGGAGCGCGUGGCGACGCGCGAGGCUGGCCCGGCGUGCGUUGCCGCUGGUGGGGCUGGCAGGGUUCCCAAGGCGCAGGUCGUGGAGGCGUUGGCCGACACGGGGUGCGCUGUUGGUGAUCGCGCCGGGUCAUGGGCAGUGCGGGGGCUGGCACUGCUGCGGCGGCUCCAUGCGCGGGCCGAGCGGCUCUGCGGCGGGGCUGGGGCGGCCCCCAGGGCGGCGCCUGCGGGCUUUGCCGCGCGGCUGCGGCGGAACGGCAUCCGCGUGGCGCGGCCGCCGCCCAGGGCGGUCCUGCCGCAGCGGCCGCCGCGGCCGCUGGCCUUGGAACGCAGGUGGCGGCGUUUCCUCAGGGCGAUGGGUAGCACGGCUCGGCAACUGGCGGAGGCGCGGUGCCGCCGCGCUUGGAGUCGCGGAGCGAGGCUGCGCGGCGCCUACGCCAGGUAUCGCUCGGGCCUCACGCUGAGGAGCCAGCGGUGCGUCACCGACGGCAUGCGGAGGUACGAGGUGCACUGCCUCCGCAGCUGGCUGGCGGCGCCUGCGGGCCUGCCGCCCGCGCAGGGCUGGGCUCGGGCGGCGCGCCGCUGGCCGCGGCCUGGGGCGGCGGCGGCGCUUCGCGAGGGCCAGGGCCGCCUCGGCGCGCAGGCGGCGUCGCAAGACCACCGCGGCGGCGAGGGCAGCGAUGCGGGCGAAGGGAGGCUAGGCUGCGGCCUCCACGGCAGCGGCGCGGUCCACCUCGCGCAGGUCGGUUGGUGCCGCGGCUCAAGCGGUGACGCGGUCGUCGUGUCGUUCGGCCUGGCCAUCGACCUCAUCAUCUGA